AGCUCUUCUGACUCUUCUCGUUUUACCUUUUUGGGUCCCGAAAAUAGCGGCUUGAGAGGACGAAGCCAGGAAAAUUUUUUUUUUCCUCAUUUCUUUUUGUUUUUUUAAUUUCCCCCUUUUUCUCUCUCUGGUAAACUCGAACGGAAGGAUUGGAGCUUUCCGAUUUUCAGUUUAGAAUCGAUCUUAUCAGUAAAUAUAUUCGGAUCUGAAUAGGGUUUCUAGGUUAUAAGGAGAGUAAAGGAGUGGAUUGAUUGUGAGCUUAGGAGGUUUAUCCUUUCGGGGUUUUGUUUUUGGUUGUUCUAUGGCCGAAAUCUGAAGCCAUGAGGAAGAAGCUUGAUACCCGUUUCCCUGCUGAAAUGUGGCAGGCUCUGCUGGGUGGUUGCCUCCUAUUUUUCUCAGUCUCGGAUUAAAAAGAUAAUGCAAGCAGAUGAAGAUGUGGGAAAGAUUGCAAUGGCUGUGCCCCUUUUAGUUUCUAAAGCAUUGGAACUCUUUCUGCAAGAUCUCUGUGAUCGGACAUAUGACAUUACACUUCAAAGGGGAGCAAAGACCAUGAGUGCUUUGCAUUUAAAACAGUGUGUGCAAAGCUUUACUGUAUUUGAUUUCCUAAGGGAAAUUGUCGGCAAGGUUCCAGAUUUGGGUGGAUCUGAAGCUGGUGGUGAGGAUAGAUCUGUUCCCAAGAGAAGGAAAGCUGUGGAUGAUGAUAAUGACAGUGAUGUAGAGUCAAAGAGGAGCAGGAUACAUGAAAUGGGUCAUAGCAGCAGUGGCAGAGGGAGAGGACGGGGUCGUGGAAGAGGCCGUGGUCGAGGCAGGGUGGCAGUAGAGAGGGAGAGCGCUCAUUUGGAUAAGUGUGAAGAUGAUCCUGAUAUUUCUCCGCAACACAAUGACAAGCAGAAUGUUAACCUUGAACUACCAGAAAAUGGGACUGAGGUUAAGGAAUCAAAGGAUACUGUCAUGAUUGGUUGUAGUGCCGAUUCAGUGGUACGAAACUUUGAUCUUAAUGUAGACUUGGCUGAGAAUGGGGACACGGCAGCUAUGACAGCUGCAGCCCCUGCCUCAUCAAGAGAGCCUCCUGAGGAGGUGAAGCAUGAGGAAUAUCCAGGCUGGUCCUUAUCAGAAAUGGACAAGAUGGCCAUUGACCCUCUUCAGUUGGCUCAACUCAACAGAAGGUUAGAUGAGGAUGAAGAAGAUUAUGAUGAAGAAGAAUGACUAGUGGUGAAUCCUCUUCCUGUGGAUAUGCCAUCUCAGAGGUUAGCAGUAACCCAGUCUGAUAUAUAGAAAAAUGGUAAUAUACUCUUUUUAAGAUAGAUUGUUAGGAGCUUAGCGAAACAAAGAAGACACAUUUGCAUCAUCCAUCCUCUGGGGAUGAAAUGUGCCCACUGUAGAAAAGGCCAAAAGUUGUUUUCGGCCUCUAGGAUUUGUAUUAUAUGUUGCUAUAUCAUCCACUAACGAGAACAGUUUUCAGACAUUGAUUUCCUUGAGUUUUUAGAAUCCACAGAUUGUGUGCUAUGAUCAUCAAUGGACUUCUCGGGAAAAUAUUAUCAUGCCCCUCAAGAAUUACGAGUUCAUUGUUAAAGGUGAACUUUUUUUU